AUGGCGGGAGUAGCUUUGUUGGAAAAAGGAUGGGCUCAUGUGGAGUUUAUCUGUGAUAAGAAUAAAGUUGAUGUCCCUAUUAGUUUUUUGGAGAACUUUGAAAAGCUUGAGACGGUUGAGCUGAACAAAAUAUACAAUGUAUUUUGGAGCCCUAAUGAAGCCGACACUCCUACUUCAAUUAAAGAAAGAGAAGGCAAAGUUCUUAAAAUCGACAAAAUAAAAAGGGCCACUAAAAAUUCCACAAUACCCAUUGCUGGUUAUUAUUCUGCAACGUUACUACACAUUGCCGUAAUUAUUGAAAACAAAAAUCCUUACAUGUUAGAUUCUGAGGAAAACUUACACAAGAAAAUGGAUCUGCAGAGAACGAGAAGAGUUCCUCUGCAUUUGAGAGAUUUAGUGGAGCAAGCACACUCUUCAAAUAAUGCAAUUGAGAAAUCUUCAAAGCGAAAAGAGCUUGAUAAGGAAGCAGCUCGGGAAGCCAAUUUUAAACGAAUAUGUGUUGAUGAAAACACUGAGGAAACUAAAGAACAAUUAAAAGUAAGAGUGGAAGGCCUAGAAGCAACCGUAAAUAGUCUUGAUGGGUUGUAUAAAGACUCUUUGGAAAAAAUUGAUGCUCUAAAAAAAGAAAAUGAUGCAUUGAGACAAAAAAACAAUGAUUUAAGCGAAGAAAAUGUUCACACUUUGGAUUCCCAUACAAUUCCUGAUAUUGAACAGAUAGCACAAUCUGAUAAGGUGAAUAUAAUAGAAAAAGGUUAUGAGGUAGAAGACAAAGAGGUAGAAGACACACAGGUAGAAGACAAAGAGGUAGAAGACAAAGAGGUAGAAGGAAAAGAGGUAGAAGAUAAGGAGGUAGAAGGCAAAGAGGUAGAAGUUCAGGAGGUACAAGAUGAUGUGGAACAGGGUUUUCGUCUGUCGGAGGACCAAUUCAAGGCAUGCAAUGUAGUCCCUUUAGGAAAGACAGGAGACUCAAAGUGUGUCAAAAAUGUAACCGAUUUACUUUGGUCCAGACAAGAGCUGUCGAGGAGGAGUGUAACUGGCAUGCAAUGUCCGAACAAUAAAGAAGUUACAGCUAGGCCUGAGUGCACGCCUGCAAAAAAACAGUAUUUGUCUGAAAUUCCAGAAAAUAUUCAAAAAGAAUCUCUUACGAGUAAUAAAGUUAGUGCAAAUAUAACUGAUACUGCAGCAUUGCAGAAAUAA